AUGGCGACCGCCGGGCAGGUCGACGACAGCAAUCACCUGUACAGUCUUCAGCCCACCUACUUCCUAGGUCCAGAUGUGGCAACCACAGAUGAAGGCCAUAUGAACCAGCUCCCACAGACAUCCUCUAGCUCCGGACUCUCUUAUGAAGCGUACGAUUUCAUGAUGCCAGGGGCAACUCUUCAACCGGACAUAGAUAUGGGUUCCGUCGACUGGGUGUGGUCCCUGCCUCAGAUGGUUCCGUCCAUUCCGAUGCAGCCAAAUGAUGAUGUUGAUCUCACAGACGCCGCACAGGGCCUGAUCACUAAUACUAGCAAUUUUCAGUCAUGGAAUCCUGCGGCCUCACCAGCGGACAACACCAAUCAGAACGUGCAUGACUCGACCGAGCAUGGCGCCUCUUCAUCUGAAGACGAACAUGACGAUGAGAUCAUCGAACAGCUGUCAACUAGGCUGGGCGCCUUGUUGAUUGGCGAUAUGGGAGAGCUUAGAUACUACGGCCCUACCUCAAAUCUUACUCUUACGGAAGGCGGAAUACCUCGCGAGCAUCGACCUUCCGUCACCCGCCGAUCCAAAGAGGCAAUUGCGGAACUGGAGCAGAAUGGCAUCGGACAUGAUCCCGAUAUUGACCUUGUUGACCAGCUCAUUGAUUUGUACUUCACAUGGCAGGACCCAUCCUGUCACAUUGUUGACAAACUAAUCUUCCACGAAGAGCGGGAUUUGUGCAAAGGCAGUGACAGGGAGAGCUCAUUGUAUAGUGCUGCUUUGGAAAACGUCAUAUGUGCGCUUGGUGCAUUGUUCCAUGGCGACAAGCAUCCGGACCUACCCCGACCUCUAUCUAAAUUUUUCGCGAGACGAGCGAAGAUCUUGGUGGAGUACGAGCUCGACUGCCCAAAGAUCGCGACUGUGCAGACCUUUUCACUAUUGAGCUGGCAUGAAGCGACUUGCACUCAGGAUUCAAGAGGCUGGUUGUAUGCAGGUGCUGCGACCCGGAUCUCGCUGGAUCUUGGGCUACACAUUGACACUACCGCACGAGUGGAAGAUGGAUCUAUGACCGUCCGCGCGUCAUAUGCUCGCAGUGUAGCGUUUUGGGGAAGCUUUCUCACUGAUCGGAUGUGGGGCUUUUACCUUGGACGACCCUUCAGUCUUCAUAUACCAGAGAUCAGCCUACCCUUGCCCUCGCCUAAGGAACCCGAAGAUACGCAGCACGUUUGGACCCCGAGUGGAAUGUUCGACGGGGAAGACGAUGUUGAGAAGCCACCGAUUCUGGACUGUUCCCGGGACAUGUUGGCGUUGCAGUGGGUCACGCUUUGUCAGAUUGUAUCAUCGUUGACCGUCACACUCUACGGUCGUCGAGUGGUUUCAAAGGAGGACCUUGUGGAUCUAGGCGUUGAAACAUUUCGGCGCCUACGUGAAUGGAAGAGUGAUCUUCCUUCACAGCUCCAAUACGACCCAAGAGACAAAUCCGCCAGAGUGACUCCCCACGUGCUGUUGCUACAGUAUGACUGA